AGGUGGGAAUCGGCGCGAUAUGAUGACGUUUCUCCUCGCGGCGAGCAGUGAUGAUGUCAUCCAGAGCCAACCCACCCACCCGCAACCCUUUUCCGAGCUGCACCAGAGCAUGAGGAUCUUCUGGAGGCCAUUUGGAUUCUUAAGAAGACUUCUCAAAGUGGAAAGCUGUAGAAUAACUGAAUCAGAAUCAUUGAUCCCAUUAGCUUGGACAUCACUGGUACAGAAACUCAGCAAAGCACCUGGUAUUUUCUUGCUGGAUCAAAGAAAAAGAUUCUCAACCAUGCCUGAAAUAGAAACUAGUCAAAGUGACUCAGAAUUGUUUUCACCACCCUCUGAUGUUCGAGGAAUGACAACACUGGAUAGAACAGCUUUUAACAAGAUAGUCACUAUACCAGUGCUUAAAGUGAGGAAAGAAAUUGUCAAUAAAUUGAUGCGAUCCCUUAAAAGGGCAGCACUGCAGCGACCGGGCAUAAAACGUGUGAUUGAAGAUCCAGAAGAUGAAGAAAGUAGACUAAUUAUGUUGGAUCCCUAUAAAAUAUUGACUAAUGAUUCCUUUGAGGAAGCAGAACUCAGUAUUUUAAAGCAGCUUAAUGUCAGUCCACAGAUAUCUAAAUAUAAUUUGGAACUAACUUAUGAAAACUUUAAGUCAGAAGAAAUCUUGAGAGCUGUGCUUCCUGAAGGUCAAGAUGUGACUUCAGGGUUUAGCAGAGUUGGACAUAUUGCGCACCUGAACCUUCGAGAUCAUCAACUACCUUUCAAGCAUUUAAUUGGCCAAGUUAUGAUUGACAAAAACCCAGGAAUCACUUCAGCAGUAAAUAAAAUCAACCAUAUAGAUAACACUUACCGAAAUUUCCAAAUGGAAGUGCUAUAUGGAGAGGAGAACAUGAUGACCAAGGUUCGGGAAAACAACUAUACCUAUGAAUUUGAUUUUUCAAAAGUCUAUUGGAAUCCCCGUCUCUCUACAGAACACGGCCGUAUCACAGAACUUCUCAAACCUGGAGAUGUUCUAUUUGAUGUUUUUGCUGGGGUUGGGCCCUUUGCCAUUCCAGCAGCAAAGAAAAACUGCACUGUAUUUGCCAAUGAUCUCAAUCCUGAAUCCUAUAAAUGGCUAUUGCACAACUGUAAAUUAAAUAAAGUGGACAAUAAAGUAAAAGUCUUUAACUUGGAUGGGAAAGACUUCCUCCAAGGACCAGUCAGAGAAGAAUUAAUGCAGCAGCUGGGACCACUGUCAAAAGAAAGAAAGCACGCUGUGCACAUUGUCAUGAACUUACCAGCAAAGGCAAUUGAGUUUCUCAGUGCUUUCAAGUCUCUUUUGGAUGGGCAGCCAUGUGGCAGUGAGCUCCUUCCCAUAGUACACUGUUACAGCUUUUCCAAAGAUGCUAAUCCUGCUAAGGAUGUUCAGCAACAAGCUGAAGCUGUGUUAGGCAUUUCCUUGGAUUCUUGCAGUUCAGUUCAUCUAGUAAGAAACGUGGCCCCUAACAAGGAAAUGUUAUGCAUCACCUUUCGGAUUUCUGCUGUUAUACUCUACAAGAACCAGACCCUUGAUCUAGAGAAUCAUGAAGAUCCUCCACCUCUUAAACGCCAGAGGACUGAUAAAGCCUUCUCAGAAGAAAAAACAACAAUUGCUUAAAUGACUUAAUUGGAACUAUUUUCUCCAUCUCCCCACUAGAUUGUUAUGUAGUGAAAUAUAAUUUGUAUGAUUUCAUAAAAUUUUGGCAUUUAGUUACUUUAGUAUUAAACUGUUAUAUUUUGCCCAUGUUGUAUUGUAAAUUGAGGAUUAUCAAAAGUUUAAAUGAAAAUGAAAUGUCUAUUAAACAUUUUAUUACCUAAAUUAUACUA